GUUGAUGGUCCAGCAUCGCUUCUUCGACAAGAACUCAGCGUGCGUGCUCCUCUGCACGUUGGAGACUGUCGCACCUGGGGAGAUGCAUUCGAACGCAACUAUAGGAGGCCGGCUUGGCUGAACCAUCUCGAACCACCCUGCGCUUGGCCGGAACACCAACACAUAGAUACCACAGCCCAACAUGCCCGCGGCGAGCACCAGCACGCGCGGCGGAGGGGCCUCCGCGUCCAAAUCCAAGUCAAACAAGGACGGCAAGCUGUCAUCCACCGAGGCACACUUUUACAAUGUCAUCUCCAAGCUUGAAGGCGGCCAUGUCACCUCCGACGAGCUCAAGGAUCACUUUGGCGAGUUCGACCUGCAAGAGCAGAUGCAUGCCAUCAACGAGCUGCUUGCCAAAAACUUGCUCAAGACAGAAAGGGUCGGUGCGACCGCUCGCUGGGUGGCUGUGUCCAAGCAGCAGGCUGCGAUCGUCGGAAGACUUGACUCGGAUGAGCAGCUGGUGUACAACGCCAUCAGAGAUUCGGGCAACGAGGGUAUCUGGAGCAAACACAUCAAAGACCGCACAAAGCUCCAUCAGACCGUGGCAAACAAGUGCUUGAAAGUGCUGGAGAACCAACGGAUCAUCAAGACCGUGAAGAGUGUCAAGCAUCCGACCAGGAAGAUCUACAUGCUCUAUGAGCUCACACCCUCAUCGGACAUUUCUGGUGGACCAUGGUACUCAGAUACAGAGCUCGACACGGAGUUCAUCCGCUUGCUCUGCUCCAUCUGCGAGCACUACAUCAUAUCUUGCACCUGGCCGGCGCCUUCCUCUUCCUCCUCCUCGAAGCCACCCGACAUGGUCUUCCUCACGUCAUAUGCCGCUGCGCGGCUUCCGACGGCAGCGGAUAUCUUGCAGCACAUCAGGCGCAGCAAGGUCAUCAAUGCAGACCUUGAGAUCGAGCACGUUAUGCAGAUUCUCAAUGUCCUCAUCUUUGACGGCAAGGUGGAGAAGUUCCCCAUGCUAAGCCACGAUCGUGUAGUAGCAAGGGAUGACGUCAGUGAUGAGGAGAAGAACAGAAGAAGGAGCAGCAAGAGCAAAGGCAAAGGAAGGAGCACGUCAAAGUCUAGCAGUAGCAAGCGGUCGAAGCGCAAGGAAAGCAGUCACAAGUCACGGCGCGAAGACAGGUCGGACUCUAGCUCCGAGUCGGAGGGCGGGUCUGAGAGAAGUAAUGAUGAAGACGAAGACGAGCAAGGCAAGCGAAGCUCUCGCCACAGCAGCAAGAAUGGCAAAAAGAAGAGCAAAAAGCGCCAGACCAUAGAAGAAGAGCUGAACGCGGCCUUGGGCGAAAGCGAUGAUGACGAUCUGCCUGACAUUGGCGAGACGCUCGAGAGUGCUGCGAAGCGGAAGCGCAGCGGCGACGAGAGCACGAGCUCCUCGAAGAAGAAGCAGAAAACAGCCAAGGGGUCCUCGAGCAGCAAGGGCAAAGGCAAGAGAAGAAGAGCCGACUCGUCCGCUUCCAGUUCUGAUAGCUCUGGCACCAACGACAGCGAGUCUGAGCAAUCUCGCAGCGACUCAGAGUCAGAUGAAGCGGACACUGGCUCGGAUUCGGGCACGGGCGACGAUUCGAUCGCAGAGGACGAGCGGACGCGCAUGGCAAAGAUGGAGGGAUCAACGUUCGUCUACCGCUCGAUCCGCAAGAUCUCCUCGAUGCCGCUCGCAUGGACCCAGGUCCCCUGCGGCCACUGCCCCGUCUUUGACUUCUGCACCAAGGACGGCCCAACGAACGCAGAAGAGUGCAGGUACUUUGACGAGUGGCUUGCCGAGGGCGCCGCCCGCGGCGACUUUGGGCCUGGCUCCUUGAGUGGUGCCCUGCGCAGGAAGGGCGGUAACGGUAAAGGCGGCGCCAAGCACAAGGGUGCCGCCAAUGACAGUGGUGCCGGGCAGCAUGGCAAUCGGGACGAUGGCAAAAUGGACAUUGCGUUGGAGGCAACAGGCGAGGAAGGUGGGGGCGCUGCCGUCGAUUUCGACGAGAGCAAUGUUACUAAGGGCGAAACCGGCACUGGCGGCGCAUCUUCAAGCGCAGCUGAGGAAGAGCCGUACGACACAUACGAUGAUAUCGGUGAUGAUUGACCUUACGGGGAGGACACGUCUGCGCUUCUUGCUGUCGCAUGUAUUAGCCAUAACGCAGCUGUCUGCCUUCUACGGUCUCUGCGAACCAAUCCUCGUUGGCCCUGCGCUCCUGUGCGCUAGCAAGAUUGAACGUGAUACUCUUGCUCUGCGUGUACGCAUGCAGCGCCUCUAGGCCGUUCUCCCUGCCGAGCCCCGAAGCAGAGAACACGCUGCCGUUGCUUGUUGCGAUGAAGCCCCCCCAGAUGGAAGAUGGGUCGUUGCGGUGGUGGC